AACUGUCAAUGUCAAACUGACAAGCGAAGUGAGGUUAGAGUUAAUUCUGCGUAACAUUGCAAAUUUAUUUCAAGUUCACAUUCCAUUUUAUUUUAAGAUUAGAAAGUUUACUCCGAGGCAGUGUUGAUAAAAUUCAUAUACACCAAGAUGUCGCAGCCUCAGCAGACCAUGCCUAAUUACGUGAAAUUCGUUUUUGGUGGAGUAUCAGGAAUGACUGCAACAUUGUUUGUUCAACCUCUUGACCUAGUAAAAAAUCGAAUGCAGUUGAGUGGAACUGAUGGCAAAAAAGAAUACAAGACUAGCUUUCAUGCUUUCCGUGCAAUCCUUCAAAAGGAAGGGUUUGUGGGAGUAUAUUCGGGUCUCUCAGCCGGAUUGCUAAGACAGGCAACAUACACAACCACAAGACUGGGUGUUUAUACUUGGUUGUUCUCUAAAAUGACAGGUUCUGAUGGUACACCACCAAACUUCUUCAUGAAGGCGGGUCUGGGUAUGGUUGCCGGGGCUUGCGGAGCCUUCAUUGGAACUCCUGCAGAGGUAGCGUUGGUGCGUAUGACAUCAGACGGGCGUUUACCACUUGACCAGCGUCGUAACUACAGCAAUGUAUUUAAUGCAUUGAUGCGAAUCGCGAGAGAAGAAGGAGUCUUGGUAUUGUGGAGAGGAGCCAUCCCCACGAUGGGUCGGGCGAUGGUAGUCAACGCGGCCCAGCUGGCGUCUUACUCUCAAGCCAAACAGGCGCUGCUCUCUACUGGGUACUUCAAUGAGAACAUAUUUCUUCACUUCUGUAGCAGCAUGAUCUCUGGUCUUGUCACUACGGCUGCGUCUAUGCCAGUUGACAUCGCCAAAACCAGAAUACAAAACAUGAAAAUUGUCAACGGCAAGCCAGAAUACACCGGUGCAGUUGAUGUCUUGACAAAAGUGAUCAAGAACGAAGGGUUCUUUGCGUUGUGGAAAGGCUUCACUCCGUACUACGCGAGACUCGGACCCCACACUGUCCUCACCUUCAUCUUCCUUGAACAGCUGAACAAGUCGUACAACGAAUACUUUCUGGGUCAGAGUGGAAAAGGGUCCGGUUUGUAAUGUUUCUAAUCACUAUUUUAUUGUGAUAACGGGAAGGGUUUAAUCAAUGUAUGUAGGAACGGAAAGGUUAAACGUCGUAAAUAGUUACCAAAAUAUAAUUGUUGACAAGUAACUUCUUGUAAACUAGUUGUGAUUUAUUGUUUUUUUUCAAUUGGCUAUUGGCUCUCAGAGCUAUGUAUUGUUACUGUAAGAUUAAACAAGAUAUAAAUUAAGCUAUAACGGUUUAAACUGCCAAUCUAGAUUGUAUUGCCGCUAAGUGCCUUUGAAUGAUUUAGUGUUAAUAGAUUUUUUUACCUUUUUGCCUAUAUCUGUAUCUAGCUGGUUUAGUGUAUAAAGUUACAUUCAUGCAGACUUAUGCAUCUGGUUUCCCAGUAUUAUCUUGUGCAUUUAAAUAUCUCAAUUUUUCAUACUGUUACUUACACAGUAAACCCUCUUUAAUCGGUGUCCAGAAGUUUUAUCAUUUGGCAUUCACCCCUGUAAAUUUAAUAGUUUUGCUGCCGAUUUUACAGUGCUGCAGCAGUUUUUUGGUUUUAAGUGGUUUUCUGUUAAAAGUAUUCACUACACAAUAGUAUCAAAACUGUCCUAAAAUAUACUACAUUUCCUCUAGACGUUUGAUUCUCAAUUUACCCAAGAUUAAAUUAACGAAGGUUUGCUGUAGUAGCAAAGACAAGCCCAUACAGAGAUAAAACAAACAUCCUAUAUUUGUUGUGCAGUGUUUUAUUUCAAUCUGUGUAGGCUAACUAUGAACAGGUUAUGCACUCCAAUGAGAAACAUUUUAUAACCUAGGGUCAGAUGCUUGGUUUGAAAAAUGAAUCAAAUAAACUGUUGUAUGAGAUUGCAUAAUUUUUCAAUAAUUUUAUAGACAUUUUUAUCUGCCAAAACAAAUUGUCUUCAGCGUCAAACAACACUGUUAACAUCGCACAAACAACUAAAACAAACUGUUUGCAUUCUGCACUCAGUCUGUGCACAGAUAUUUUAUUUUUCUCACUACAUUGAAACUGUUACACUGAAUUGAAUCUCACUUUUCUAAACAAUUUUUUAUCUUCAGUGGCAUCAUAAAACUAGCGUCUUUCCUGGUCUGGAACCGAUAAGAACCUUUUCUGCGUAGGAGAGGGGGUUGUUGGCUCUCCAACAACGUCCCUCCUCAUGUCAAAUUGAGAAAAAUUUUAAAUUUAUUUUAUAAUUUUUAGUUAUAACAUAAACUUUUUAAUUAUAAAAUUAAACUGUAAUAACCUAACCUAACCAACAAAACUUGCUGAUAAUAUAAAAAAGAUAUAAGAUAAAAAUCAAAUGAAGAUUUACUAAUAAAAAAAAAAUAAUUUUGUUCUGUUCAUAAAUAAAAUUAUGAAUGCCUCAAAUUCUAACAAAAGAUGUACAGUUAAAGUAUUCACAUUCUAUGUAGAAUCUUUGACAAAAAGUUUGAGUCCCCUGCGGCAUUCGAUCUGGAGACCUCUAACAUACCAGUCCGAGACGCUAUCAACUAUAUACGAAUGCCAAUGGAAUCACAUCGUCUCUUUGUGGUAAUGAAUGGUGUUCCCUCAAGAGAAGAGUGAUGUCACACACCCCCCCUCCCACUCCUUUGUUAAAGAGGUUCUCAUCGCUUCCUGACUAAGAAAACUAGGCGCUAUAGCAUCAUAAAUGCUUUGUUAGUGUAUUAUGCAGGAGAAUGGUCAGAUACAAUUUGAGAAAUUUUGCCUGGUUGAAUAUAAUAGAUGUUUUAAACAGCUGCUACAAUUUUGAUUGGACUAUUCUUGUGCAGCUUGCUCCAGUAAUCCAAUGAAUACAAGACUUAUAAGAAGCGCAAUGCCUUUGUAAAAAAUUCAGUCUGAGAAUAUUUGAAUUUUGGCCCCCGGCCGCUAGGUAGACUAUCGUGAGCGUGCGGCCGAGUAAGCUGACUGAGUGAGAGAGAGUGAAACAAAGAAUCAGCUGAGAGAAAGAGAGAGAGAGAUAGAGUAGCAUGGCCACCGCUUGGGCGAUUGUAGCGGCAGCCGCGCGAAGCUCAUUUCGGCAGUAAAAUUCCAGUCUGACUAUUCUCCAUAAGCAUUUCGCUUCUUAAAGGGUUUGUAUUCAUUGAGUAAUCUUCUGCUACCAUGACAAAACAAAAGAUUCAUUUUAGUCUAUUUGAUAGCAUUUUAAUAUGUAGAGAUAUAUAUUACAGACUAAAGAGAUACCCUUUCCGCCAACAAUACAUAUGAUUCCAAAUAUUGUGAUGUUCAACAACAUUCAAGCCAAGACAACAGAGUGUUGUAAACAUUAUUUUAAUUAAUUAAAGUAGAUUACAAACUGAUAUUUUCUGAUUUACUGUUUGGUGCUUUGCCAAAUACUUUUAAGUUGUCAGUCAGUCGCUUUAGUUGUACAUGGCAAGAGAUUAGUUAUACAAUGAUUGUCAACUUUCAUCAUUAGAAUCUUUCUUGUUUGGACCUGUUUGAUUUGGACUUCAGAUGGUUUGGUUUACGCUUGCAAGUGGUUCACACACUCACUUUGUACAUAGAUUCGCAAAAAACAAUCUUCUGGUACUGUUCGCUCCUAGUAUAUGUGUCCUAGUUUUUAUGAUGUUUCACACUGAACGUUUUUAACAGAAGGUGGUCAAAACUCCUAAAACCUUUGGGGAUAAGACGGAAAUUGAACCCCUCCCUCUUAAUAAAAAAAACAUAACUCAGCAAGUAACAAAAUUCAGUUUUGGCUUAAGUUCCGACUCAGAGAAGUAAGUACCAGAGGAUACAUUCCAUGGUACACUUAAGUGGCGUCUAGCACUAGUGCUGGUGUCUAGGGCCAGGUCCCGCACUACCCCCCUCACCUUCAUGUACUACAAGGCUCACGGAGGUAGACUCUACGUCUUGUGCAAUAGGAAUUUCUGCACAGUGCUCGUCACAAGUAUAUUUCCGCCCCAACAUACCAGUGCUGAAAGCGCACGGAUGUCCAUUAAGCUUGUUUUCUCUGUACCUAAAUUCUUUGUAGUUCCGGUCCUAAAUCGUUCAAACAAGAGGGUAUCUACCGAAAUGAUUGUUAUAAUGUUCAAUAAUGAACUUAUAGUUUACAGUAAUAUUAUUUAAAAAGUUCAACAUUCUUGUAGGAAAUGUGUGACUGUGACUAAAUAGUUUUUUAGGAACAAAGUUUGAAAUUAGUAGAUUUAUUAUUUACAAAAAUUGUUAUUGUUACAAGUUAUCUGUUAAAAUCUAAUAGUGCUGUGUUUUUAUAUGUUGUAAACCUUAACAUAUAUUUGUAAAUAAAUACCUUAAAUGCA